GGACACCUAUUUAGCCGGCCCGAGGGUCGCUUAGCCUACGUUUGGGAGCGCGUCACCGCCUCGGUGGUCUGUGACAUUCCGCCGCCGGUGACUCUCGCUUUGCAGGGAGCAGCCAGCCAGACGCCCGUUCCUAGCCGCAGGUUCCACAGAUAAGACACUAAAAUGGCUUCUGUUGCAGUUGAUCAACAACAGAAUGUGGUAACUAGAGUGGCCAACCUUCCCUUGGUGAGUUCAACUUAUGAUUUGGUGUCAUCUGCUUACAUCAGCACAAAAGAUCAUCACCCAUACCUCAAAUCAAUGUGUGAAAUAGCAGAGAAGGGAAUGAAGACCAUCACUGCAGUGGCAUUGACCAGUGCUUUGCCCAUCAUCCAGAAAUUGGAACCUCAAAUUGCAGUUGCCAACAACUAUGCUUGUCUAGGAUUGGAUAGAAUUGAAGAAAGACUGCCCAUUUUGAAUCAGCCAACUGAUAAGAUUGUUGCCAAUGCCAAGGGUGCGGUAUUUGGUGCAAAGGAUGCUGUGACAACGACUGUGACCAGUGCCAAGGAUUCUGUGACUAACACUAUUAAUGGGGUUGUGGGCAGGACAAAAGGAGCAGUUAAUGACAGUGUGGAAAUGACCAAGUCUGUGGUGAAUGGAAGCAUCAACACUGUUUUGGGAAGUCGCAUGGUACAGAUGGUGAGCAAUGGAGUUGAAAAUGCGCUUAGCAAGUCAGAGUUCCUUGUGGAUCAGUAUCUUCCACUCACUGAAGAGGAACUAGAAAAAGAAGCAAAGAAAGUUGAAGGGUUUGAUGUGGUUCAGAAACCAAGUUAUUAUGUUCGCUUGGGAUCUUUGUCCACCAAACUCCGCUCACGUGCCUACCAGCAGGCCUUAAGCAGAGUUAAAGAAGCCAAACACAAAGGCCAAGAGACCAUUUCUCAACUGCAUUCCACUGUGAAUCUGAUCGAGUUUGCCAGGAAGAAUGUUAAUAGUGCCAAUCAAAAACUACAGGAUGCCCAGGAUAAGCUAUAUCUCUCUUGGCUGGAAUUGAAGAAGAGUAUAGGACAUGAUGACAGUGAUGAAUCCCAUUGUGCUGAGCAUAUUGAAUCCCGGACUCUAGCUAUAGCUCAGAACCUGACACAGCAGCUCCAGACUACCUGCCUUACCCUUAUGUCCAGUAUCCAGGGACUACCCCAGAAUAUUCAAGACCAAGCCCACCAUGUUGGAGCAAUGGCUGGUGAAGUCUACACAGUAUUUCGAAAUGCCACUUCCUUUAAGGAAGUAUCAGAUGGUCUCCUCAGUUCCAGCAAAGGGCAGCUGCAGAAAAUGAAGGAGUCUUUAGAUGAUGUGAUGGAUUAUCUUGUUAACAACACUCCUCUCAACUGGCUGGUGCCAGAUUUUACCAUCACUGACUUAUCUUCUGAGACUUAUGAAAUUCCAGACAUUUUAGCUUUGGAUGAGGAAGAUGAAGCUGAUUAUUCACAGUGUAAUGGAUCUGUUAACUCAAGUCAGAAUAAUGAAUAAGGAGUGACAAAUUGAUCUUCUUGAAUAUACCAUUUUACCUUGUUAAAUCUAGAUUUCUCCAAAUAUUUAUAUAGUUUUUAGGAGUGAUAGUAAAUUUUACUUUAAUCUUAUUGAUUCCUUAUUUCAUACCCUAGAGUAAUUGUUACAAACUCUUUCUUCUUUAUUCAAGUCCCCUGCCUCACUCCUGUUCUCCAUGCUUAUAGCAAAUACUCUGAGAAAGACUGUUUGACCCAUGUUCCUCCAGCCCUCCACUCUUCAAAACUCCAUUCCUCUGUUCCCAAUCUCACUCAUUUCUGUAAUCUUAUUCUAAGAAUUAGGCUCUCUCUAGAUAUAUCAUCCCCUUCCUUCUCAUUACUUCUUUGAUUUUGUUGAUCUUCCCAUCUUAGCUAGCUACAGUUCAGCUUUUUUGUCCCUUAGAUUUCUUGAAAAGUUGAACAACUCUCUCAUCACUUCCCUCAUUAACUCCAUUUAACUUGCCUAAUGGAACUCCUCCCAAAAGAUAAAAAUCAGUCUUCUUUUACUGUGGACCAGGCACUGCUACAUGCUGUGGGCACAAAUACAGUGAAAGAAACAAUCCCUAUUUGAAAGGAUUCCAACUUGAUCCCAUGAUCUUUUACUUUAUUGUAUCAACAUUAUAUAUCUUUUAAAUUUUCCAACAUUUUUUUUUCUCUCAUAGUAAAUCUCACUGGGUGAGGAGGGUGAAGAAAUAAAUAGAAAAGAGUACUCUCAUAACAAAUAAGCAUAGUCAAGCAAAACCAAAUUCUCCUACUUGUCAUGUCAAAGAAUGUCUCCUUCUGUUUCAUCACUGCUCUUAUUAGGAGGUGAUUAGCAUCUUUCAUCAGCAGUCAUUUGGAAUCAUAUUUGAUCAUUGUGUUGUUCAAAGUUCUUAAAUCUCAAGGUCUUUUUUUUUUUUUUUUUUUUUUUUGAGUCUUUGGGGCAUUUGCCCCUACUGAUCACCUUUCUUCUUUUGGAUUCUAUCUCUUCCUUUUACUUUUUAAACACUCUUAUUCCUUCUACAUCUUUAAUCUCCUUUUCUCUAUGUCCUCUGCUGGCUCUUCAGCCCUGAAUUGAAUUGUUUAUUUUGUUCUCAAAAAUACUGGAAGUCUGAUUUUUUUUUCUUUAAAAAAAAAUGUAUGUGUAAGAAAUUCUGAUUAUGAAGGUUAUUAAUUUAGCUUUAUAAUUUCAUCUUUGAAAUGCUUGAAAUAAAGUUUGACUACUGCCAUUUGA